AUGUCAGGUAUAUCUUUAGCAGACCAACUGAAGAAACUCUCCUCAGCCCCUCAGCCCAAGACACUCGAUCCGGAAUCAGCCUAUACCUCUUUAGAUUCCUUAUCCCUCCCGAAGAAAGAUGAUCCCAACGAAGGAAAGGAGCAUUAUCUGGACGUGGGACCAUCAAGAUUGAGGAUGCAGAUGGAUGAUCAAGAGGGAUCGGGAGGUACGCUGAGAGGAGUCAAGUACCAAGGUGAGAAAGUGGGUAGGCAGAAGAUCUUCGAUGAUGAUGAUGAUGACGACGAAGAGGAUGGAGGAAUGAAUUUUGGUGAAGUCGAGGAUAGUGAGGAUGAGGAUGACGAGGAUGAAGAUGAAGAGGAUGAGGACGAAGACGAGGAAGAUGAUAAUGAAGAUGAAGAAGAGGACGACGAUGAAGAUGAAGAAGAGGACGAGGACGAAGAAGAGGAGGUCCAACCCAAACCUAAGUCAUCAAAUAAGACUUUGGAUCCAAUGGCCUCAUUGCGAGACUCAAGAGCAAAAGAUAUCGAGAAAGGUAUAGCAAUCAGACGACAGAAAGCACUGUUCGAAUCCCUCUUAACCCUUCGUAUAACAUUCCAAAAAGCCCUUUCAUCCUCUACAUCUUUACCAAAAUCGAUCGACGCCUACCCAUCAGACCCAGAGGGUGAAAUAGCAAGUAAGACAGCGGAAAUCCUCAAAUCCCUAAGCCAUUUGAAUGAAAGAUUGUUCACCUUGAGAGAGAACUUGUUGUUACCUGGUACGGAGAAGAGCGUAGGGGAUAAAAGGAAGAGGGAUGAUUAUGACGAAGAGGAGUAUUGGAAGCAGAGCGCUGUGAGGAGUUUGGAACUGAGCGAUUCCAAUCACGACCAGAUCGUACCCAUACUGAACAAAUGGUCUAGCAAGAUCCAAGCUGCCUCUUUACAAUUGGGAUCCAAACAGGCAGGGGGAAGUAAGUUCUUGCAGAGCGUAAAGAACGGUUCAGGAGGUGUGGUAGAAGCUAUCGAAGCUGGUUUGGCAAGUAAAAGAGACUCGGAGAAGACACUCAUGGAGUCCGAAGAAUCAGCGUACCGAUCUUUACUUCGAGAAGUGAUUGAAUCCCGCUCGGGAUCAGGUCCGGCGGCUGAUCUGACUCAUCUGAGAAAGGAGAAGAAGAAGAAAAGAGAGGCUGAAAGAGGUGGUAGUAAAGGUAGAAAGUUGAGAUACACUGUUCAUGAGAAAGCACAGAAUUUCGUUGUUCCCGUUCCACUCUCGAAUGGAUGGCACGAAGAACAGGUAGACGAAUUGUUCUCUUCGUUGUUUGGAGGCGUGGGUAUGAGCGGUGGUGGAGCCGUAGCUGAGAAGAGGGUGGAAGUUGAUAUUGGUCAGGUUGACAGUGAAGGAUUGAGUGGUUUAGGUGGAUUGAGAGUAUUUUAA